AUGAGGCUCCCUUACUCCAUGGGCUUCACCAAGCGCCACUUAACGCUAAACAAGGAUAUGGCGUGGUUUCAUAGGCACUUCUACCCUCCCCUACUAAGGUCUGCGACUGUGAGGAAAUUUUUGGGUGGCUUUGAAUUGCUCGGAGAGCCUCAAAGAGACUUGACUGCCGAACAAGCUGCGAAGCGUUUAGUAGAUUUAGACGGUAACACAGAGAAGGUGUAA